UGUUUGCUUUCAAAGCUCUUAUUUAAUUAUUUAAUCAUUAGGUUUCUUCCAUUUGAAGCAUAUUUAUAUUUAAAACAUCAUCAAUUUUUAAGACAACCUUUGAUUCUGUUUGAUUCCUUAAAUAAAACCAAGAACAAAUCCUUAAAAAAAAUCUGAUCUUUCAAACCCAUUGAUUUUAAUUCCAAUUAGAUCUCAUACAAACUUUUUUUCCCUUCAAAAGUUCCUAUCUUUUUAACAAUUUUCUAAUUUUUCAGGGUCUUUAUUGCAAGCAAAAGCCAGAGUGAAAAGGCGCAUUAAAUUUUGUGUAUUGAGCUUACGUGCAUUAGAGCAUUACAAUGGACCAGCAAGGGCAUGGACAGCCCCCGGCUAUUGGGGUAGUGACUACUGCAGGUCAAAUGCCAUAUGGCGGAAGUCCAUAUCUUCCGAACCAACUGUCUUCUGCACAAACGCCAGGGUCAGUUGCAGCCCUUCAAAAUACCGGUCAGCCAACCGGAGCGCAACUCGCACAGCAUCAACUUGCCUAUCAGCAAAUCCACCAUCAACAGCAGCAACAACUACAGCAACAGCUGCAGUCUUUUUGGGCAAAUCAAUAUCAAGAUGUCGACAAAGUGACCGACUUCAAGAAUCACAGUCUUCCUCUCGCUAGGAUAAAAAAGAUCAUGAAAGCUGACGAAGAUGUAAGGAUGAUUUCAGCUGAGGCCCCUGUUGUAUUUGCUAGGGCGUGUGAAAUGUUUAUCUUAGAAUUGACUUUGCGAUCUUGGAAUCAUACUGAGGAGAAUAAAAGGAGGACACUUCAAAAGAAUGACAUUGCGGCAGCGAUUACUAGGACUGAUAUUUUUGAUUUCUUAGUUGACAUUGUACCCAGGGAAGAUCUGAAAGAUGAAGUACUGGCAUCAAUAUCAAGGGGAACAAUGCCUGUCGGGGCCCCUGCUGAUGUUCCGUAUUGCUAUAUGCCACCUCAGCAUGCACCUCCUGUUGGAACUCCUGGGAUGAUGAUGGGCAAACCUAUAAUGGACCCAUCAAUGUAUGCCCAGCAGUCUCAUGCCUAUAUGGCACAACAUAUGUGGCCGCAGCAGGGAUCCGAACAACAACAAUCACCCUCCGAUCAGUAGCAUUUGUAUAUGAAAGUCGAGCAACUCAGAUAAGGGAGGCUCUCAGCAUUUGUUGUGCCCAAGAUUGGAGCUGAAAACUGGCAAAGACUGUAUAUAUUAUAAUCGUAAAAGGCGCCGCUGAUCUUUAGACUAAGCUGUUUGUCUCUGGUAGCAUUGGAUAUCUAUGCGUCAUCUUUUAGCCUUUGUAUGCAAGGAAAUUUAAAUGCUUGGAUUGUUGCUCACCAUAAAACUUAUUUUGUUUCGGAAUUUUUGCUUAGAAUGAAGCAGAAUUAUUUUCUUUAA